AAACAAAUAAAUCUCAAAACAUGGUAAUUCAGCGCUGCUGGAAAAUUCCCACUGAUGUUGGCGGAUCGUUAAACAACACAACGACAACCGCAAACGAUGUCCAACAACGUUCUUCCCCGGCAAUGCAAAUGCAGUCAGUCAAUUCCUCGGAUGACUCUGACUGCUCCAACCAGACCACACACUCGAUGGAUACACGAGUUGCCAGCCCCGCAGAAGGGACAAAAAAGCAACCGGAUAAGGAAAAGACACCAGAAGCCACCGCCACCACCUCACUCACAUUAUCCCUGCUUGCCGAGCUACCAUCUACGAACACAGAGCCUCUGAAAUAUGUGACCACCUCGGAUAUGGCAGAGACCAUGCUGCAGAGAAUACGCCAGCGGCUCGGCGGUUCACAAAACAUCGAAGGCGGUGGGAGUGCAGAGUCCGCUAUGAGAGCUCUGGAGCUACUGCGCAUCAGCGUGCAGCAAUCUUUUGAUUCGGAAGUCAAUGAGAUAAUCAAACGCUACAUGAAUAACUACUUCAAGCCCGCAUUUGGAAACAUAAAGGAGAACCUGGGUCAGCAGUCAGUCAAUGAGGAGACGCUUCAAAAGAUGUCGUCUUGUGCGUUGCUGGAGAACGCCAAGGCACAGUACACGAACUUUGUACGCCAGCACCGCUUGGGGGCCGGAGUGUCGGAGCAACAGCGUCUGGCCCUCAAGCGUGUGGCUAAACAACAAGAGAAUGCUAUCGGCAACAAAGUGUUUGCCAACAAUUUGGGCUUUGCCGCCACCAAGCCUAUGCCCUGCACAGCUGCCACGGUGAAUCAGAUGCCCGCGCUCCAGGCAAUGCAGAUGUUUCCGCAACAGGCUCAACUGCAGACAGUUCAGCCACUCCAACAGCAGCAACAGCAACAGCAGCAGCAGCACCGUAUGGUUACACCUAUUUUGGGGGGAGCUUUGCCCACGCCUGUGCGUCGCCAAAUCUUUUGGAACACGGCCCAAAUCUCGACCAGCACAAAAUUUGUAUUGGAUGUGCAGGCCAAUCUAGCGUUUGGCUUUGGCACCGAUGGCAAGGAGAGAUUGGCCAGCAAGCACCCGGAACUCAUUCGCUAUCUCCCCGAUGCCGAGGAUCGAGAGUGGCUAGCAGCCCGAGGCAUUAUUCCCGCCGAGAGUACCCACUUACGUUUCCUCUUUCUCCUUCACGACGAGGUCUGUCGGCUGCAUCAAGCCCACGAUCUGUAUAAGAACAAGCCAAACGUCGAUCUGACCCUGAUGAUGACUUUCAAUGUACCAGAUCCGAUGAUACACAAGAUGAGGCUCUUCUUUGUGGACCUAAACAUCAAGAGCCGCGGGCUGAUAACCAACUCAUUUAUCAUGACCAAUCAGCCGCAUCCACAGCCACAGCAGCAAACGGUGGCAAAUAACAGUCAUCUAAGGAACGCCCUGCUUCAAGGAGCAUUGCCACAGCCUCAGCAGCAGACGCAGCAGCAGUCGCAGCAGCAGUCACAGCAGCCACAGCUGCAACAACAGCAGCUGACGACUGGCACCAUUGAGGACUCCGUACUAAAGGAGCUGCCAGCUGCUUCGCCCACUCCAUGCCUACAAGGUCAGAUUGUGGGGAGCACUACGACGCCCCUCAAGGCGAAGCUGGUGGCAGGUUCCACUUUGAGCUCAUCCCAUGCGACACUAACCGCACUGUUGAACAAUGGUGGAGCCGGAGUAGCAGUAGGAGUAGGAGUAGGUGUAGGAGUAGCACCCGUCGUCAACCCUGCUCCAAGUACCACUGGAAAGUUUAGGAAUUAAAACGAACAAAGCUCUUUUCUUCAUGAUAUUCUAUCAAAUACUUUAAUUAUAUUCUAUAUGAGUUAUCAAUAAACUAAUCUUUUAGGUAGUAUAAA